GUGGAGUGAGCCUCUGUGGAGUGAGCCUCUGGUCCACACACGAUCUGUGGGGCCGUAGACUUUCUGUUUCUGCGCCAAACUGCUGGGAUAAAGCGCAAACUGUUGGGAUAAAGCGCAAACUGUUGGGAUAAAGCGCAAACUGCUGGGAUAAAGCGCACGCAAAGACACGCCGCUACAGGGACAUGUUAUUCCGGGUAAAAUCCCGCGAAGAGGAGAGUUUUGAGGAGGGUUUUGGUGUUUUGUGUCGGUGCUGUGGACUCACGCUUAGAUGUUGCUAAAGCUAACGGCUAACGGCUAAUGUCAGCGGGAAACAGAAACACAGAAGAAGAAACACAGAAGAAGAAACACAGAAGAAGAAACACAGAAACACAGAAGAAGAAACACAGAGGACCAGAGGUAAACACAGAAGAGUAAACUCAGAGGAGAAGCAGAACUCUGUGUCUCUGUGUCCCUGUGUCCCUGUGUCUGUGUCUCUGUCUCUGACAAACUCUCGUGGCUGAUCUAAAUGAAGCCUAUGGAGUCAAAAGAAGAAUGAACCAAUUCUAAAAGUCUGUCCUGUCCUCUUCAUGCAUGUUUGUCGUCUUCUGAAUAAAAAGUAUCAGGUCUUUACAUGAAGCACUGAACAGUUUGAACCUUUAAUUUGACAGAUGCAGGACUUGAGCUGCUGAGUCGAGUCAUUUGCCGCUAUGAUCACAUUCACUCAAGAUAAAGCAAGAACUUUUUCUCAAACUUUACAAAUCCAGGAAUUUCCAGGAUUUCCCAGACACUGUUGGAGCUGACGAUCUGCAGCAGAACACUGCGUCGGUCUGGAAUAAUCGUCUCCUCUGGGCCAUUUCAUUUAUUUAAGUCACUGGUCUGAAGCUGUAUCAUGCCCACCAACCAGUCCUGCCCUUGGGGAGGGGGCCAGCCUUUGUCCUCCUCUGUUAGUACAAAUGCCAAGACUGUUGCAAAAGUGCCUUGUCAUCAAACAUCUGCUUCUUUCAGGAAACACUCAAAGGCAUCUUCAGAACUGGAUUGUGGAGACGGGAAUAAACCCACUGCCAACAGUCAAAUCAGGACUGAUCCUGGCGUGUCUCCAGUCCUGCCACAGCUCAAUGGGAGUCCAACUAAAACUUCAAAUCCCAAAAAGGAAAACCAAGUUACGGUUAUGGUUACUAUGCAGAAACACCAGAAGCUUCCUGAAAACUGUUUACAAACCUGUAGAGAAGCGGAGGCAAGUGCUGAUGCUCCUUUGAAGCUUAGCCAUGUCUUAUCAGUGGCUCACCGGGAUCUUUUCAUACGAGGGAAACCAACGCUACAAAGAAGUGAUCGACGUUUGGUUGGGUCUUUAACUUCACUGCCUUCAGGACAACAUUUAUGCCUUAGCACCUCUAAGCCUCAGCCGUUGUCUGUGACGAACGACUGCUCCAUCAACAAAAUCCCCAAAGUUGAAGGGAAGUCUUCCAAACAGCACCAGUCACUGAUUUCAGGUUCAGCUCUGAGCCUGAACUGUCACGAAAGUCAAUCUGCCGAUAAUAUUGGUGAUGUGUUCUCAAAUAAUAAUCCCCAAGAGAAGAGCCCAGCUGUGCUCAACCUGCAGUUUUGUCCUUCAAAUGACAACACAGCAACUCAACCAGAACCCAACCCUAACCCUCAGAAAGAUCAGACCAUAGCCCUGGACGUAAACUCAGUAGGGGUCCUGGUCGGCUCUGUCACAAACCAAAUCUCAUCCAUUCAUCUAACCAAAUAUAGUGAAGCUGCCUCCUCUUCCCCAUCGUCUCUGACACCAUCGUCUUCAUCAGAGGAGUGUGCUGUGGGAGGAGCCCCCCUCAAUGAUCCUGAAAGUGACAUGCAGGUUGAUGGGGCUGAAGAGGACCUGCCUGAUGAACUUGAAAACGCCUGCAGUGAUGAUGAUGGCUCAGAUUGCUCCUCUAUCACUGGUGCCUCUUCCACAUCAUCUCUUGUAAUACUUUCAAGUGUGGAGGAGCCGAUGUUAUUGGGGGCUGAAGAUGACCGUGAGGAGAAGCCAGCUCUAGUUCUCAGUUUAUUCCCCUUUUUUCCACCAACUCUUUACUUCAGCACUGCUAAUGAGAAAGUGGAGCUGCUGCCCAUUGAACAGAGGAGGUUGUUAAAAUGGAAGAUGAGCACGGUCACACCAAAUAUUGUCAAAAACACGAUUGCUAGAUCCCACUUCAAAGUUACCAAAAAGAGCCAUGACUGGUUGGGCUGCUGGGGUCAUCACAUGAAGUCUGUCUGUUUUAAGACCAUUGGAGAACACCAGAAGCUGAAUCACUUCCCAGGGACUUUCCAAAUCGGCAGAAAAGAUCGACUGUGGAGGAAUUUGUCUAAAAUGGCGGUUCGCUUCGGAAAACAAGAGUUCAACUUCUUCCCUCGGACUUUUAUUCUUCCUCAGGACAUUAAACAGCUGCGAAAAGCCUGGGAGGACGGUGGUACCAAGCAAAAAUGGAUAAUCAAACCACCGGCUUCUGCCCGAGGGAUGGGCAUUCAGGUCAUUCACAAGUGGAGUCAGAUGCCCCGGAAGAGACCUCUCCUAGUCCAAAAGUAUCUACACAAGCCUUGCCUCAUCAGUGGUAACAAAUUUGACCUUCGUAUCUACGCCUAUGUGACCUCCUAUGACCCUCUGAGGAUUUACAUCUUCUCUGAUGGGCUUGUUCGAUUUGCCAGCUGCAAGUAUUCAUCCUCCAUGAAGACACUGGGAAACAAGUUCAUGCAUCUGACGAACUACAGCGUGAACAAGAGGAACUCUGAAUAUCAGGCCAACAGUGAUGACAAGGCGUGCCAGGGACAUAAAUGGGCUUUGAAGGCUUUAUGGCAGUAUCUUGGUGCAAAGGGGAUUAACACUACACUGUUAUGGGAGAAGAUCAAAGAUAUUGUCAUCAAAACUAUCAUAGUGUCGGAGCCCUACGUGACCAGCCUACUGAAGAUGCAUCUCAAAACCCCAUACAGCUGUCACGAGCUGUUUGGCUUUGACAUCAUGUUGGAUGAAAAACUCAAACCCUGGAUCCUGGAAGUCAACAUAUCACCCAGUCUUCAUUCCAACAGUGCGCUGGACAUCACCAUCAAGGGUCAGAUGGUCAGAGAUCUCCUGAACCUGGCAGGUUUUCAUAUUCCUCAAAAAGUCGUCUCCGGUGCAAACAGCAGCCCCUCCAGCUCCUCCAGCAGUUUGUGUGGAGGCCACAGAGAGAGGAGCAAACCUGAUUUAUCUGCUGAUGAGAAGGUGAAACGGGCCUUUUAUCUCACUCAGCGAUUUGCUGACCAGGACUUCUUCUCUACUGUGUUGGAUGUGCUGACUCCAGAGGAUGUGCGUGUCCUGGCUGAGAGCGAGGACGAGCUGACGCGCAGAGGACAGUUUGAGCGCAUAUUUCCAUCAGCGUCAUCUUCUCGAUACCUGCGUUUCUUUGAGUGUCCCAGAUACCUCAACAUUUUACUGGACCAGUGGGAACAGUCGCACUGGAACAACAGGACCAAAGGAAUAGAUUUGCUGAGGGCGCUGUGUCAGAAGGGAGUGCAUCUGGGGACCAGUGACUCUGCUCACAUUUGGUCCAAGUGUAGUUACAUUUCAAAGAUUGAAGCUCAGAAGCAGGACUUUGGCAGUCCUGCACGUUCCAGUCCAUCACGCUCCCGGGUGGUGGUCACACACACUCAGCGUUCUUUUGAGGAGGACGAUGGCUCAGACAGUGAAGUCCUGAGUCCUGAGUCCAGUGUGACGAGCAGCGCCUGUGCCAGCCCUCAGCCUGGCCCCGCCCACAGCCUUCAACAGUUCUCUUCACUCUGAGAACCAGUUUGGACGUCGUUUAGGAGCAGACUCAAGCAUCAAUAGCUUCAAGAGCCAAACAGCUUCAAAUGUGUGAACCACAUCUAUCAAUGAGACAGACGUUCAUCUCUGGCAGGUGCAUCAAAUGUAACAUAAGGAACAAAUCUUGAACUAUACUGUUAUGGUGCUAAGAAAAGCAUUCAUACUUGAGCUUCCAUUCUGGUGCUUACAUAAAGUCUGCCAGGCUAAAUAUUCACCCAUCACACAUAAACAUAUAUUUAAAACAACACAACGGUCACUCUUCUAAAGUUAAUUUUCAUAAUAAAAUCACAUGACACUCUCAGCCACUGUGUUGGAAUGCCUACACUGCCCUCUUGUGGCUCAAACUGUUCUUUAGAAAACCUCAAACAUACCUUUGUAAAAUCUGUUUUCUGCUGUUAGUGGGUAUUUCAUAAGAGUUUUGUGUGAAUUAGAAAGAUGAUACUUUAGUGACUUCUAAGGAUUUCUGCAGUUAAGUGUCUGAUUCAUUUAACAAUAUAGAUGGUAAAAGCCAAAUGUAAAAUCUGUCAACUGGAUAAAAAGUUGUAGGAGUGAAGAUGUUUGGCUGCUCAUCCACUUCCUGCCACUUCUUUGGUUCUGAACUGAUUUUACUUUUGGCUUUUACUGUGGAUUGGACCUGUACGACUGAGGGAUUACAUAGACAACAAUAUAGAAUAUGAAAAAACUUGAAUAUUUUUUAGUUUAGGCACAAAGCUGAACAGCUGUAGGACUACUGCUACUUGAAAAUAAAUAUGCCUUCAUGACAUCUUGGGUUUGCUAUAAACCUAAAGUUCUCUUGUUUUUGAGCUGUGCGGGUGCAGGAGCUGUGAGUAUUGUUGUUUACAGGUGAGAUUGUGAGCAGGUAGAGCUGGUAGUGAUUAAACCUGUUACAUUAGGUUAAAUUGAGACAUGGGUACACUCUGUUCAUGUUUGUAUCUGGAGAUGCUAAAGCUGUAAAAGUCUGGCCUUUGGUGUGUGAGGCUGCCAUUACCCAAAUGUAAGUAUUAAUAAUAUUGAUAUAUUUUUACUAACAUUGUUAUAUAAAGCCUGUAUAAACUGAGGCGUGCCUCUAAAUAAAAUUUAUUUGGGAUACAAAGAAAAA